AAGGUCUAUAGAUUGUUCUAUAGAACUGGGCAUUCUAUAGAAUGUCUAACAGAAAUUCUAUAGACAUUAUCCUUUAUCUGCUGAAAGUUCUAUAGAUUGUUCCAUGGAAUAAAAUUCUAUAAAAUGGCAGCAGCGCUAUCACCAUAGCAUUGAUUAAUCUCAUUAAGUUGAUUCACCAGACUUGAGCUUGUUUUUUGAACAAUGCAGGAUGUCUCCCUCAAUUAUGAAAAUGUUAAUUUUGUAUCAUUCAAAAUUGUGAGGUGUCAUUUCAAGGCGGACACCCAGAACUUCGGCAGACUUUAUUUUUAAAAGUAUAUUUAUUCCAAUAAAUCAAUUUAUUUUUAUUUUUAGAGUUUUUGAGUUAUCUAUAAGUAAAAAGUGUGAAUAUUUUCGUAACUUACUUUUUUAUGUGAUAAAAUUAAUUUUAUUGGACUUCCAACAUAAAUUGAUUUAGCAAAACUCAGUUCAAAGGUUUAAAUCAGACCUAAAACGUCAGGACCCGCCCACGUACCUGCAUGCAGCUGUGGAAGAACAAGCCCAGACACGUUUCUUCACGGAGCCCAAUAGGAAAACACUUUACCGAACUCAUGUUUAGGGUCUUCUAGGCGCGAUGCGAGACGUCACAAGCGGGCUAACGUUGAGCCAAACAGCAGCUUCGAGGCACGGGCGGAAAUGAGAAGGAGUUUGGCCCCCAGUCAGGUCGCCAAACGGAAGCAAGGGGAGGAUGAUCAUCGAGACGAAAUAUAGUAUAUUAACCACGAGCGGUUCUCGAGAGAAGAUGAAUGGAGAAAAUUGGGACAGUGAUGAAGAAGUCCAAGUUCCAUGGCCACUCAACAAAGCAGGAGGAAGGAAGCAGUCACAAACCAAAUACGUGGCAAGAAUUCUGAGAUUUGGUGAAGACACACGUGAACUGACGCCAUAUUUGAAAGCCGCUCAGGAUGGCAAGGAUGUACCCCUUACUGGUGAUUUGGAAUAUGGCAGAGGCAAGAGAAACAAACAGCCAAAGUCUUGGUCAUCAGACAGUGAGAGCAAGGAUGAAAGUGUUGAGGAGACUCUAUCUGACAGACAGCAGAAGAAAAAGAGGAAAGUAAGCCGUACAGCUGUGGGAUAUGAUGCUCGGGCACAAUUGAAGGCCCAACUUGCUGCUCUGGGAAGAACUUCACCGAAAGAUACAUGUACAGAAAUGGAAUCCCUGAAGAAGGAAGUCCUCCAGUUGAGAGAGGAAAACAAAUCCCUUCGAGAUGCAUUGAGGGUUGUUGAAGGACUUCCUGGCCUGCUAAUGAAGAUGGACGACUUAUCACGUCAGGCAACAAUACUAUCAGCUCGACGUCCUGCUGUCGCUCUGCCAGAGAGGAGCUGGCCAACAGCAGCUUGACAGGAAAAAAAUCCAAUGCUUUUAAGGAUAAGCAUGAGAAACCAAAACUGGAUGACAAGAAAGUGUCUGCUAUUAUUGAUUUUGUGAAGAAGCUCCAUCCCUCAAGUGAAGCAAAUGUGAUAAAGAAAAUCAUUGGAGUGAAACUGAACAUUGCGCAGAAAAUGGGAAAAAAAGAAGGCCUCAGAAACAAAUUCUACUGGACGUCUAGCCGUCUCUAACAGUCGGG